AAAGACGACGUCAGACGGGCGUAGAAUUUUCGGUGUGCGGAUCUUGAUGCAAUUUCGAGGCAAAUCAGGUGGAAUUGUGUGAAAAAACCGUGUUCCCACUGUGGAUUACACCCCCAAGUAGACGAUUGCAGCACCGGCCUUUCGGGGUUUGCUGCCUCAGGAGUUCUAGUGUGACAACAGAGGAUUUUACAUAACAAUGACAACAGAUAUUUCCGUGGUGCGCUGGGAUCCCAGCCAGGGAACCGGUGGAGAGUACAUUGAUGAGUAUGAGUACGAUGGAGGAAAUUCUAGCUCCCGUCUUUUCGAACGAUCACGAAUUAAGGCGCUGGCAGAGGAACGUGAAACCGUGCAGAAGAAGACCUUCACGAAGUGGGUGAAUUCACACUUGGUGCGUGUGAAUUGUCGCAUUCAGGAUCUCUAUGUGGACAUGCGAGAUGGAAAGAUGUUGAUCCGUUUGCUGGAAGUGCUGUCCGGUGAGCGUUUGCCAAAGCCGACCAAGGGAAAGAUGCGAAUACACUGCUUGGAAAAUGUUGACAAGGCCCUGCAAUUUCUGCGUGAACAGCGUGUUCAUUUGGAGAAUAUUGGCUCCCAUGAUAUUGUCGAUGGAAACUCCAGUUUGAAUCUGGGUCUCAUCUGGACGAUUAUCCUGAGAUUCCAGAUUCAAGACAUUACGAUUGAAGAGGUGGACAACAAGGAGACGAAAUCCGCCAAGGAUGCUCUACUGCUGUGGUGUCAAAUGAAAACUGCCGGCUAUCAGAAUGUGAAUGUGAGGAAUUUCACCACUUCCUGGCGCGAUGGCUUGGCAUUCAAUGCAAUAAUACACAAACAUCGUCCGGAUUUGAUACAAUUUGACAAAUUGUCCAAGACCAAUCCAAUUCACAACUUGAACAAUGCCUUCAACGUAGCCGAAGACAAGUUGGGAUUGACAAAGUUGCUCGAUGCUGAGGAUGUGUUCGUUGAGCAUCCGGAUGAGAAGUCAAUAAUCACGUAUGUUGUGACGUACUAUCACUACUUCAGCAAGAUGAAGCAGGAGACGGUGCAGGGCAAGCGUAUUGGCAAAGUUGUGGGUAUUGCCAUGGACAAUGAGAAGAUGAUUAAUGACUAUGAGACAUUCACUAGUGAUCUGCUAAAGUGGAUUGAGAGCACGAUUGUCCUGCUCGGCGAUCGCACAUUUGCCAACUCACUGUUGGGUGUGCAGCAGCAAUUGGGUCAAUUUGCAAAUUAUCGCACAGUGGAGAAGCCGCCGAAGUUUGUGGAGAAGGGCAAUUUGGAGGUGCUCCUGUUCACGCUCCAGUCGAAAAUGCGGGCGCACAAUCAGAAGCCCUACACGCCCAGGGAGGGCAAAAUGAUUUCCGACAUCAAUAAGGCGUGGGAGCGCCUCGAGAAGGCGGAACACGAGCGAGAGUUGGCGCUGAGGGAGGAAUUGAUUAGGCAGGAGAAGCUUGAGCAAUUGGCGGCUCGCUUCAAUCGCAAGGCAUCGAUGAGGGAGACAUGGCUGUCGGAGAAUCAGCGUCUUGUGAGUCAGGACAACUUUGGCUUUGACUUGGCCGCCGUGGAGGCCGCUGCGAAGAAGCACGAGGCCAUUGAGACGGACAUCUUUGCGUACGAGGAGCGCGUGCAGGCCGUGGUGGCGGUGUGCGAUGAACUGGAAGCGGAGCGCUAUCAUGAUAUUGAACGCAUCAUUGCCAGAAAGGAGAAUGUGCUGAGAUUGUGGAAUUACUUGUUGGAAUUGCUGCGAGCUCGCCGAAUGCGCCUUGAAUUCUCCAUGCAGUUGCAGCAGAACUUCCAGGAGAUGCUGUAUAUUCUUGACUCAAUGGAGGAGAUCAAGCAGCGUCUGCUCACCGAUGAUUACGGCAAGCACUUGAUGGGUGUGGAGGACCUGCUGCAGAAGCACUCACUCGUGGAGGCGGACAUCAAUGUGCUGGGCGAGCGUGUGAAGGUCGUGGUGCAGAAUUCACAGCGUUUCCUCGGCGAGGAGGUCGAUGGCUACAAGCCGUGCGAUCCUGCGAUAAUCGUGGACCGAGUGCAGCAACUCGAAGAUGCCUAUGCUGAAUUAGUGCGACUGGCAGUUGAGCGUCGCUCGCGCCUUGACGAAUCCCGCCAGCUCUGGCAGUUCUACUGGGACAUGGCGGACGAGGAGAAUUGGAUCAAGGAGAAGGAGCAGAUUGUCUCGACUGGAGAUAUUGGGCAUGAUUUGACAACGAUUCACUUGCUGCUGUCGAAGCACAAGGCACUGGAAAGUGAGAUUCACUCACACGAUCCGCAGCUGAUGUCAGUGGUGUCUGUGGGUGAUGAAUUGGUGCGCCAGGGACACUUUGGUGCCGACAGAAUUAAGGAUCGUCUCAAGGAGAUCCUUGCGAUGUGGAAUCACUUGCUGGACUUAACGGCCUAUCGUCGGAAGCGUCUCGAGGACGCUGUCGACUACUUCCAGAUGUUUGCCGAUGCCGAUGAUAUUGACACAUGGAUGCUAGAUACGCUGAGAUUGGUGUCGUCUGAGGAUGUUGGGCGUGAUGAGGCGAAUGUGCAGAGUUUGCUGAAGAAGCACAAGGAUGUGGCGGAUGAGCUGAAGAAUUAUGCUGAUACUAUUGAGCAGCUGCACAAUCAAGCCAAGGCGCUGACACUGAACGAGGAGGAGCAGAAGAAUGUAUCUGAACGCUUGGCGGCGAUUGAUGCACGCUACAAGGAGCUCUUGGAGUUGUCCAAGUUGCGCAAGCAGCGUCUGCUCGAUGCACUGUCACUGUACAAACUCAUGUCUGAGGCUGAUGGUGUUGAGCAAUGGAUUGGCGAAAAGGAGAAGAUGCUGAAGACAAUGACACCGGGCAAGGAUAUUGAGGAUGUUGAGAUCAUGAAGCAUCGCUAUGAUGGCUUCGACAAGGAGAUGAAUGCUAAUGCUUCUCGCGUGGCAGUUGUCAAUCAACUCGCCAGACAAUUGCUCCACGUUGAGCAUCCGAAUUCCGAGGAAAUUCUCGCCAGGCAGAAUCAUUUGAACCAAGAGUGGUCGAAGUUGCGCGAUCAGGCCGAGUCGAAGCGUGAUCAACUGAAGAAUGCCCACGGCGUGCAGACAUUCUACAUUGAGUGCCGUGAGACAAUCUCGUGGAUUGAGGACAAGAAGAGGAUUCUCAAUGAGACGGACAAUCUGCAGAUGGACUUGACUGGUGUGAUGACACUUCAGCGUCGUCUGAGUGGCAUGGAUCGCGACUUGGCGGCCAUUCAGGCAAAACUCAAUGCUCUGGAGAGUGAAGCGGCGUCAAUUGAGAAUGAACAUCCGGAAGAGGCGGCUCUGAUUCGUGAGCGCAUUGCGCAGAUUCAACUGAUUUGGGAGCAAUUGACGCACAUGCUGAAGGAGAGAGACAGCAAACUCGAGGAGGCUGGAGAUUUGCAUCGCUUCCUGCGUGAUUUGGAUCAUUUCCAGACGUGGUUGACCAAGACACAGACAGAUGUCGCAAGUGAGGAUACGCCGACGUCACUGCCGGAGGCUGAGAAGCUGCUGAAUCAGCAUCAGAGCAUCCGCGAGGAGAUUGACAACUACACGGAGGAUUACAGCAAGAUGAUGGAAUAUGGCGAAGGAUUGACUUCUGAUCCCACACAAACGGAAGAUCCGCAGUACAUGUUCCUGCGUGAACGUCUAAAGGCUCUGAAGGACGGCUGGGAGGAGCUGCAUCAGAUGUGGGAGAAUCGUCAGGUGUUGCUGUCUCAGAGUCUCGAUCAGCAAUUGUUCAACCGUGACGCCCGUCAGGCUGAAGUGUUGCUGAGUCAGCAGGAUCACUUCCUCAGCAAGGACGACACACCGCAGAAUCUGGAGCAGGCGGAGCAUCAGCUGAAGCGUCAUGAGGCAUUCCUCACGACCAUGGAGGCCAAUGAUGACAAGAUCAACACGAUUGUUCAGGUGGCGGACACUCUGGUAGAGAAAGAGCACUAUGAUGCCGAUAAGAUUCACAAGAGGGCUGAUUUGAUCAAUCAGCGUCGUGACACGAAUCGUGAGAAGGCGGUGGAUCAGCACGAGAAGCUGAAGAAUCAGCUGAAGUUGCACGAGUUCCUGCAGGACCUGGAAGAAUUGACCGAGUGGGUGCAGGAGAAACAUAUCAUAGCCCAGGAUGAGACGUACAGAAGCACCAAGACCAUUCACUCCAAGUGGACCAGACAUCAGGCCUUCGAAGCGGAGAUUGCAGCCAACAAGGAGCGUCUGUUUGAGGCGGAGAAAGCCGCUGAGGAGCUGAUGAAAGAGAAGCCAGAGUUCCGGGAGAUCAUUGAGCCGAAACUGAAGGAUUUGAGGAAGCAAUUUGAUGAGCUGGAGACGACGACCAAGAGCAAGGGUGCUGAAUUGUUCGAUGCUAAUCGCGAGGUUCUAGUUCAACAGACAUGUGAUGACAUUGACUCCUACAUCACCGACUUGGAGAAGCAGAUAAUCAAUACAGACACUGGAAAUGACCUGACAUCCGUCAAUAUUCUCAUGCAGAAGCAACAGGUGAUUCAGACGCAGAUGGCCGUGAAGGCGCGUCAGGUGGAGGAGAUGGAUAAGCAGACGGAUUAUCUACAGAAGACAAUUCCGACGGAGCAAGUUGAGCCGUUGGUGACGAAGAAAGUCGCGGUGUCUGAGCGAUUUGAGCGCAUCAAGGCGCCAUUGUUGGAGCGUCAGAAGCAGUUGGAGAAGAAGAAGGAAGCCUACCAGUUCCGUCGUGAUGUUGAGGACGAGAAAUUGUGGAUUGAUGAGAAGCUUCCACUGGCCAAUUCCUCGGACUUUGGCUCAUCGCUCUUCAAUGUCCAUGUGCUGAAGAAGAAGAAUCAGAGCCUCGCCACGGAGAUUGACAAUCACGAGCCGCGCAUUCACACGAUCUGCAAUAAUGGGCAGAAGUUGAUUGACGAGGGCCAUGAGGAUACCGAUGAGUUCAAGGAACUCAUCAGUCAAUUGGCAGAGAAGUGGCAGGAGUUGAAAGAUGCCGUUGACACACGUCGCAGACAUCUGGAUAAUUCGGAGAAGAUUCAGCAGUACUUCUUCGACGCCGCCGAAGCGGAAUCGUGGAUGAGUGAGCAAGAGUUGUACAUGAUGGUGGAGGAUCGCGGCAAGGAUGAGAUCAGUGCGCAGAAUCUGAUGAAGAAACACGACUCGCUUGAGCAAUCGGUGGAGGAUUAUGCGGCCACGAUUCGUCAGCUGGGCGAGACUGCGCGUCAUCUGACAGCCGAACAGCAUCCUUACGGAGACGCCGUGGCACUGAAGCAGUCGCAGCUGGACAAGUUGUACGCUGGACUCAAGGAUCUGGCUGGAGAGCGUCGUGCGCGUCUGGAUGAGGCUCUGCAGCUGUUCAUGCUGAAUCGCGAGGUGGACGAUCUGGAGCAGUGGAUCGCCGAGAGAGAACUCGUGGCGGUGUCGCAGGAAUUGGGUCAGGACUACGAUCAUGUGACUCUGCUCUGGGAGCGAUUCAAGGAGUUCGCUCAGGAGACAGCCGCCGUUGGUGGCGAGCGCGUGGCCAAGGCGAAUGGCAUUGCUGAUGACUUGAUCCAUGCUGGGCACUCAGAUGCGGCUCUGAUUGCUGAGUGGAAGGACAAUUUGAAUGAGUCUUGGCAGGAUUUGUUGGAGUUGAUUGACACGCGCACUCAGAUGUUGGCCGCUUCGCGUGAGCUCCACAAGUUCUUCCACGAUUGCAAGGAUGUUCUGGGACGGAUUCUGGAGAAGCAACACGGUGUGUCUGACGAACUGGGUCGCGAUGCUGGUUCCGUGUCGGCACUGCAGAGGAAGCACAAUAACUUCAUUCAGGAUCUGAUGACGCUGUACUCGCAGGUGCAACAGAUUCAGGAGGAGUCGGCCAAGUUGCAGGCCAGCUAUGCUGGUGACAAAGCCAAGGAGAUCACAAAUAGGGAGCAUGAAGUGUUGGCCGCAUGGGCCAACUUGCAGGGCAUUUGUGAGGCGCGAAAGGGCAAAUUGGCCGACACUGGGGAUCUGUUCAAGUUCUUCAACAUGGUGCGCACGCUGAUGCUGUGGAUGGAGGACGUGGUGAGGCAGAUGAAUACGUCUGAGAAGCCAAGAGAUGUGUCCGGUGUGGAGCUGUUGAUGAACAAUCAUCAGAGCUUGAAGGCGGAAAUUGACACGCGCGAGGACAACUUUGCCGCUUGCCUGUCUCUGGGCAAGGAGCUUCUCUCCAGGAAUCACUAUGCCGCGCAGGACAUCAAGGAUCGCCUUGUUCAACUCACAAACAGUCGCAAUGCACUGCUUCAUCGCUGGGAGGAGCGCUGGGAGAAUUUGCAAUUGAUUCUGGAGGUGUACCAAUUCGCUCGUGAUGCUGCCGUUGCCGAAGCGUGGCUGAUAGCACAAGAACCGUAUCUGAUGUCCACUGAACUGGGCCACACUAUUGAUGAGGUGGAGAAUUUGAUUAAGAAGCACGAGGCAUUUGAGAAGUCAGCUGCUGCCCAAGAGGAGAGAUUUAGUGCUUUGGAGCGAUUAACUACGUUUGAGCUCAAGGAGAUGAAGCGCCGCCAGGAGGCUGCCGAAGAGGCGGAGAGACAGCGCAAGCAGGCCGAAGCUGAUGCUCGUGCUGCGCAAGAGGCCCAAGUUGAGGCCGCUCGUCAGGCUGAGGCGUCAGCCAGGGAUUCAGCCGAUGCACCAGGAUCACCGCAUUCUGGACAGCACGAAGCCGGCACAGUGCAUGAGAAUGUAAUGCAUGAUACAGGCAGUAAUCGGAAGGAUGUGAGAAGUGGCGACAAUGGUGGUCAAGAUAUACCACCGCAAGUUGUUCCCAUUGGGAUUAUGAAGAAAACCUCACCCCGGUCUCAGCAAAGACGUGGAACGCCGGGAGCGUCGCCGAGGGGAGAUCCACUGACGCCGGGCAGUGGAGGCUCCUUGAAAAUUGGCCGGAGAUCGCGCUCGAAGAGCCCGUUCCGUUCGUUCAGAUGGAAACGUGGUUCAUCGCGCACGAUCGAUGACGACGAAGAAGAUCGUCCAAGUCCAGGAGCUGAAGAUGGUGCUGUUGAAGGAAGUCUCACGAGGAAACACGAGUGGGAGAGUAACAUGAAGAAGGCGUCCAAUCGAUCAUGGGAUAAAGUUUACUGUGUGUGCCGAAACGGACGAUUGUCAUUCUACAAGGACCAAAAGUCGGUGAAAGCUGUGCCAGAGCAGACUUUCCGUGGUGAAGCGCCACUCGAGUUAACUGGCGCCAGUGUUGAUGUGGCCAGUGACUAUACAAAGAAGAAGCACGUGUUCAGAGUCAAAUUGGCGAACGGGGCGGAAUUCCUGCUGCAGGCGCACGAUGACAAUGAGAUGCAUCAGUGGGUGGCGGCUCUGAAGGCGCAAUGCGACCAGGGCGCGGGUGGCGAGAGUCGCUCUCAGACUCUGCCGGCGUCACUGCAGAAGGAUGAACAGAAGAAAAGAUCGUUCUUUACACUAAAGAAAAAUUAAAGAAAAGAAAAUUGAAAAAGCGUUCAGCAACAACGUGAAAGAUUUUUGGGAAAGAUAUAAAAUAAUUAUAUUUUAUCAUUAAUGAUUCAACAAGAUUAAGUGAAUAAUAAGUGGGGAAAAGAAUAUUAAUUGAUUAUGAGGGAUACAAACAAUUGAAAAAAUAUAAGUUUAGGAGUUUAGAGAAUAAAGAAAAAAUUAUAAAUUGUUAAAGAAACAAAAGAUGAAACUAUCCUAAUAGGAAAAGAGAUCCCAAGUAUAUUUACACCAGAUUUUUCCAUAUUGUUAUUUUAUCUAAACUUUGCUCUAGUAUUUCUUUAAUCGAAAGAAAUAUUUAGCUUCAGAAGUCCCCGAUUAUUUUUCUUUAAUUUGUCUCUGAUUGUCCUCGAAAAAAAAACACGAGCAUGUUAGUAAAUUUCCAUUCAAUGUAAUUGUGGGUAAUCUUUUAGGAUGGUAAGAAAUUAAUUACUAAUAUUUUUGUAGAAUUUUAAAUUGAAUGUUAAGGAAAGAAGAUUGAGCAUUAAAAAAAGUGUAAUUUGUAUGGAGAUAAAAUGCUUCUUUUCAAUGGGUUUUUCGCACCAUUGAAAAACUCCAUUGAGAAGAGUGUAAAAUUAAGAUGAAAAAAAGCAUCACAAGAAAAAUGUCAAGCUUUUCCAAGAAAAAUCCAAUGAACUCCUUUUUAUUGAAUGUUUGCUAAUGAAACAAAUACUGUUUGAAACUUUUCACGAUAUUUUUGAGAAACUUGCUAUAAGAGUGAAUUUGCUGAGAAAAUACUUGAUUUUGUCCUUUUUAUUUGCAACAAUAAAAGAAAGCAAGUGAAAUUGUGUGUUCGAAAUAUUAAUGAAAAAUGUCUAUAAAAUUAAAUUAUUUAGUAAGUGAAGAAAAACAGCUAUUAUAAAUGAUAAUUUAUAUAUUUUUAUUCUCCCCUCAAAAUAUUUUAAUAUAUUAUCCUGACUAGAUUAAUAAAAAGUUUUAUCCAUGAUAGAGAAAGAAAAAAAAAUAAUUGCAAUUUUCGCUAGAGCAAAAACAUCCCAUUGAAGGUUUGAGAAAACAAAAAUAUAAAAUAUGCUUUGAAAAAGUAACUAAAAGCUAUUCUAUACACUUCGAGAAGGAAGAAAUCUAGUUCGUAAGAAAGAUUAAGAGAAGAAAAAACGUCAUCCUACUGUGUAUUAUCAUUAUUAUAAAUUAAUUAUAAAACUGCCAGCUUCUUUGAAGAUGUUCGUCAAUGAGAGUAAGCUUAGCAUUGUGGGCAGAAAAGAAAAAAAAGAGAAGAUGAUGGCAUGAAACGGUUGGUAAAAUUCACGAGAAUGUAUUUUAAUUGCAAAAAGUCGUUUAGUACAAAAGAAAUUUUAAAAUGAAAAAAAUGGAAUCAUAAUGAGAGAGUUAUUUAGUAAUUCUAGGCCUGCCUUUCUAUGAUUUCUCACCCAAGUCGAUGAUCAACGCGCAUUUACUUUCGCCCCUUCCAAUUUCUCAAUUUCUCACUGAAAAAGUCACUGGAAGAAAUUGACGAUGAGCAGCGAAGAGGACAAAAAUUUGUAUGAAAAAUAUUGCCGAAAGGGAGAGAAAACAAAUCCAAGCAGAUGUUCAUUGAAUCCCAUGAAUGUGUAACUGGAAAAUAGCAAGAGUUGUCACACUGAUUUGUCUCUGAACAAGAAUAUUAUACAUUAUAUUAAAGCUUCUUAUAAAAUUA